UAAGUGUUGAUUAUCUGUAUUUCAUAAGUAGAUUUAUCGAGUUUACUUGAAAGUUUUGUUUGUUAAAAGUGACUUUCAGUGUAUGUUCGGCAUUUACAGUCGUUUCAAACAAAUUAUCCGUGCUGUGUUGUGUAAAAACACAACUAAUUGAGUGUACGAUGGCCAGUUCUUUCAAAAAAUGUAUCUCGCUGUUAUCUCAGCAAUCCUUGUCCAUUCAGCGAAAUCGAACGUUGGCUACGGUCGCGAAAAAGUAUGUAUAUACCAAGCACUUUGCCGAUCAACCUAAACCAACCGAUUUAAGGCUUGUCGAGGAACAAUUGCCUCCUCUCAAAGAUGGUGAUAUCCUCGUUGAAGCCGAAUACCUCUCUGUGGACCCAUACAUGCGCGUCUACACACUCCGUCUGCCCUUGGGCAGUACAAUGAUCGGUGGUCAGGUGGCAAAGAUAUUGGAAUCGAAAAAUCCAGAUUACCCGGUUGGCAAGAGAAUCGUGGGCUACAUGGGCUGGAGGAGUCACACGGUGCUGAAUCCGAACUUACCACCACCCAAGGAACAGUUUUCGAUAGAGAAACCCUACCUUUUGCCGGAUAUUGGCGAACUGUCGCCUUCCCUAGGACUAGGAGUCUUGGGAAUGACGGGAAACACAGCGUACUUUGGUUUGAUGGACGUUUGCAAACCAAAAGCCGGUGAAACUUUGGUGAUCAGUGGAGCCGCCGGCGCGGUAGGCUCUCACGUUGGCCAAAUAGCCAAAAUUCACGGACUCAAGACCAUCGGGAUAGCAGGUUCGGAUAGCAAAUGCAAGUGGCUCGUCGACGAGUUGAGCUUCGACAAUGCUAUCAACUACAAAAAACAGAACGUCGCCGCAGCUUUGAAAGAAGCCGCGGCUGAUGGUAUAGACUGUUACUUCGAUAACGUCGGAGGCGACAUUUCCACCGCAGUGAUUUACCAGAUGCGGCACUUCGGUAGAGUAUCGAUUUGCGGGAGCAUUUGCUCGUACAAUGACGCGCAAUUGCCCAAAACGAGGAUUCUUCAGCCAGCCUUUGUGUUCAAGCAAUUGAGGAUGGAAGGUUUCGUUGUGUCGCGCUGGAACGAUCGCUGGUUCGAGGGUAUCGAGAGGAACAUGCAAUGGAUCCGCGAGGGAAAAUUAAAGUACAAGGAAACUGUGACCGAAGGAUUCGAGAACAUGUUCCGGGCCUUUCAUGGAAUGAUGAAGGGCGAGAAUUUUGGCAAAGCCGUUGUUAAAGUUUGAAGAGUUUUAUAAAAAGCUGUUGUACAUUUUUUUUAUUUUUUUUUUUUAAAGGGAAAAAGUUUUCCAAAGAAUCGACUGGAUCACAACGACGACGCUUAUGUGAUUGCAUAUUUUUGUACUCCCCUUAUGUUUUUUUUUUUUAAAAAGAAUAUAAAUGUUUUCUUACG